UACACUACAGCCAGGAGACACUUGACAACAUGCUUGAAUGCUGUGGGGGAAAAGUGAAGGUGCGCCACUGGCUGACGCUGCUGACAGGGUUCAUGGAGAGCUUGUGUUGCACAGGGAUUGCCUACGGCUGGGCAUCUCUGGUGUAUGUGCUGAAACUUGACGGCUAUUUUGCCGAAAAGUGUGUGAAUGCCACGGGAAAAGACCAACUUCUGUACACAGAUUGUAGCGGUCAGGAUGAGCAGCUCUCCUGGGUCAUGUUGGUUGCCCUCAUCUCCAACAACAUAGUACGCUUCCCCAUCGGUUACAUCUUCGACAGCUUUGGAACUACAGUAACACGGCUACUAGCUAUAUUUCUGUAUGCCAGUGGGACACUCUGCAUCAUGCUGUCAACAGCAGAUCUGUCAGUUUUGCUGCACCCUGCUUUGUCAUGUCUGAUGACUUCUGGAUCCAUCUUAUACGUCACCAAUGCUCAGGUGGGGAACCUGUUUGACACCCAUCGCUCCACUGUCAUCACCGUCUACACCGGGGCCUUUGAUUCAUCCGCUGUCGUCUUCCUCAUCAUAAAGUUGCUGUAUGAAAGAGGGGUCUCUCUCUACUCCUCUUUUCUCUUCCUGUUCUUGUGCAGCACCAUCCAUCUCCUCCGUACUAUCUUCCUAAUGCCCAGACGACACAUCCCCUACCCAGUCCCAGAGAACUACACAUAUGGGGUGCACUGUCCCGGCCCAAGGAGAGGAAGAGCAGAGGAGGAGAGAGGAAGGAAAGAUGUACAGAGGGAGGACGUGGAGAAGUUCAAAACCAAUGAAGGAGCAGUGGCUAACAGCUUAGAUUCAUCAUUGCUGGAUAAAGUGCUGUAUAAGCCCCAGCAAGAAGAAGUGCCUAGUUUCUGGAGCUGCAUGAUGACCCAACUCUUCCUCUGGCAUCUGCUUUGGUUUGCAAUCGUCCAAUUCUGUCAUAACAUCUUCGUUGCCACUGUCAACCCCAUGCUCAGCCGGUUGGCUGACAGUGACCAAUCCCUGGUGAGUCAUUACACCAACGCGUAUGCCUUCACCCAGCUGUGCGGCAUGCUGUGCGCUCCCCUCAACGGCCUCAUCAUGGACCGACACAAGGGCCGGCCUCUGGCUCCGGGGGAGACCAGGCGGGAAGCAGACCUGAGCUCCUCCUCACUCGCCCUCCUCCUCACCUCCUUCAAGUGUUUUCUCUUCUGCGUGUGUUUCUCCUGUCCCAUCCUCCCUCUGCAGUACGUCUCCUUCAUCCUGCAGGUCAUCAACAGCGCCUUCCUCUACGGAGGGCACCAAGCGUUCCUCUGCAUUGCCUUCCCGAUGUGUCACUUUGGGAAGCUGUCUGGUCUGGUCAUGUCGUUAUCAACUGUGACGCUGCUGCUCCAGUUUCCAGUGCUGCACCUCAUCCAGCACCAGCUGCACGGUGAUCCUCUCUUUGUAAAUGUGGCCUUGACUUUGUUGUCUCUCCUCACCUGUGUUCACCCAAUCCACAUCUACCUCCACUGUAGGAAUCAGAGAAGGGCUAAACGGGAAGGGAAUAGGGGAGGGUAG